AGACAAAGUGGGGGCAUAGAAGGGCAGGCUAGGUAGAGUGAGGAGUAGGGGGGAGAGGAGGGAGGAGGGGAGGAAAGAGUUGGCUUGGAAUGCAGAGAACACACUCCCUCUCAGUCAUCGGUUUGCCACGAUGAAGCCCUGGAUGCUUCUUUUCCUCCUUUUAAUCCUGCCCAACAAGCCACAAGGGACAGGGCCCAGGACCAUCAUGCAUCUGAAGUUGAAGGACUCUUUUCCUAGGAACCUCUCUCGAGCCCCCCAUUUCCAGGAGUUUCUGGAGAAGGUCUGUCACCUCCUGAACCUCCCUUUAGGGACCAAUAUCACCCUCCAAAGCCCAGGGUCACCUCAUCAUGUCACCUGCUAAAGCAGGUGGCAGCAGUGCCAUCCAGGGAUGGUAUCCGUGCAUCUGGACCCCAAACUUCUCCUUCUCCCAGACAUUCACAUAGCCAAACAAUGGAGUUUGUGGGCUAAUGCCUGACUCAGUCUCACAGUCACUAGCCCUGCUGGGCACCUUAAUAAAGAUGUGGAUAUUGA